AUGUCUGGAAGCGCAGGCUACGACAGACACAUCACCAUCUUCUCUGACCAAGGCCGGUUAUACCAAGUCGAAUAUGCAUUCAAGGCAAUCACGGCCGCGAACAUCACAUCCGUCGGCGUACGCGGCAAGGACUGCGCAGUAGUCAUCUCGCAAAAGAAGGUGCCCGACAAGCUGAUCGAUCCCUCCUCCGUCUCGUACAUCUACAAGCUCUCGCCGUCGGUUGGAUGCGUCAUGACAGGGUCCAUAGCCGAUGCCAGGGCCUCUGUCAACCGCGCACGGGGUGAAGCUGCCGAGUUCCGCUACAAGUUCGGAUACGAGAUGCCCUGCGACGUGCUGGCCAAGAGGAUAGCCAACAUCAGCCAAGUCUACACCCAGCGGGCUUACAUGCGGCCGCUCGGUGUCGCCACCACCCUCAUCUCGCUGGACUCAGAAUUCGGCCCGUCGCUGUACAAGUGCGAUCCCGCAGGCUACUAUGUCGGCUACAAGGCAACGGCGUCGGGGCCGAAGACGCAGGAGGCACUCAACUUCAUGGAGAAGAAGCUGAAGAACAAGGAGUGCUGCGAGGGCAGCUGGGAGGACGUCGUCGAGCUCGGCAUCACCGCCCUGAGCACCGUCCUCUCCGUCGACUUCAAGAAGGGCGAGUUGGAGGUGGGCAUCGUGGGGGGUCCCAGGGCCGACGGCCAGGAGGGCACAGACCCGCAGUUCAGGGCUCUGACGGAGGAUGAAAUCGACGAACGACUGCAGUCCAUUGCCGACAAGGACUGA